GCUCUUAGCUUCUGUGGACUCUGCUUCUCCAGCAAAUGACCCUUGAGAAAAACUAACCAGUUUCUUGCAAAUCAGAAAUCAUGGCUCAUGAUUUGGUGAUGUUCAGAGAUGUAAUUGUAGACUUUUCUCAGGAAGAGUGGGAAUGUCUGAACUCAAAUCAGAGGAAUUUGUACAGAGAUGUGAUAUUAGAGAACUAUAGCAACCUGGUGUCACUGGGAGGAUGUUCCGUUUCUAAACCAGAUGUAAUUACUCUGUUAGAGCAAGGGAAAGAACCCUGGAUGGUUGUGAGGGAUGAGAAAAGAAGACGGAGCCUAGAUUUGGAAUCCAGAUAUGGCACUAAAAAAUUAUUUGAAGUAAAGGAUGUUUGUGAAAUGAAUGUAUCUCAGUGGGAGAUAAUGGAAAGAAUUAGAAGUUGUGGCCUUGAAGAUUCCUUUUUCAGGAAAGAUUGUGAAUAUAAAAAGUUUGAGGGACAAGAGGGUCCUCAGGAGGCGUAUUUCAGGCAAGUGAAAAAAACCACCUCUGAAAAAAUGCCCAAGAACAAAAAACGCACAUCUCUUACUCUGUAUCAGAGAAUUCACAAUAGAGAGAAACCCUAUGAAUGUGGGGAUUGUGGGAAGGCUUUUAGAGUACGCCAACAACUCACUUUCCAUCAGAGAAUUCAUACUGGUGAGAAACCCUAUGAAUGUAAAGAAUGUGGAAAAGCCUUUAGACAGUGUGCCCACCUUAGUCGACAUCAGAGAAUUCAUGCUUCUGACAAACUCCUUGAAUGUAAAAGAUGCGGAAAAAUCUUUACAUGUGGUGCAGAUCUUCGUGUACAUCAGAGAAUUCAUGUUGGUGAGAAGCCUUAUGACUGUAAGGAAUGUGGGAAGGCCUUUAGAGUGCGAGGACAACUUAAUCUCCAUCAAAGGAUUCAUACUGGUGAGAAACCCUAUGAAUGUAAGGAAUGUGGGAAGACCUUUAGACAAUAUGCACACCUUACUCGACAUCAAAGACUUAAUAUUGCUGAGAAAUGCUAUGAAUGUAGGGAAUGUGGGCAGGCUUUUCUGUGUAGUACAGGCCUUAGAGUACAUCACAAACUUCAUACUGGUGAGAAACCCUAUGACUGUAAGGAGUGUGGGAAGGCCUUUAGAGUACGGCAACAACUUACUCUCCAUCAGAGAAUUCAUACUGGCGAGAAACCCUAUGAUUGUAAGGAAUGUGGGAAGACUUUUAGUCGUGCCUAUCAUCUAACUCUCCAUCAGAGAAUUCAUACUGGUGAGAAACCUUAUGAAUGUAAGGAAUGUCAGAAGUUCUUUCGUCGUUACUCAGAACUUAUUUCACAUCAGGGUAUUCAUAUUGGAGAGAAACCCUAUGAUUGUAAGGAAUGUGGGAAGGCCUUCAGACUGUUCUCACAACUUACUCAACAUCAGAGUAUUCAUUUUGGUGAGAAACCUUAUAAAUGUAAGGAAUGUGAGAAGACUUUUAGACUGCUCUCCCAACUUACUCAACAUCAGAGUAUUCAUACUGGUGAGAAACCCUAUGACUGUAAGGAAUGUGGAAAGGCCUUUAGACUACAUUCAUCACUUAUUCAACAUCAGAGAAUUCAUUCUGGUGAGAAACCAUACAAAUGUAAGGAAUGUAAGAAGGCAUUUAGACAACAUUCACAUCUUACUUACCAUCAGCGAGUUCAUAAGGUCACUAAAUAAUUAUUAGAAAGCCAUCCAUUGUGAAUUUUGUGUUAAGGGGCAGUAGAAAAUAAAUCCUGGAGGAAAAGUGUUUGAAUGUAGGAAUCCCUUUUGCUUCAUGCUCAAAAUUAAAAGGUUUUAAAAGAAUAGGUUAAUUUAAUUAAUAUAUAGAAAUAUUUCGUCACCAUUCAAACCAUGUUAAACCUUAGGAAGUUCUUUCUAGAAAGAAACUCUCUUAAAGGAGUGAAUGUGGAAAAGCUUUUGAUCUUACCUGUUAUCACCUCUGUUCUUUCAUCUGUACAGUAUACCUAUGGAAGUUGCCAGGGCACCAACUCAUUCUGGAAAUUGAUAAAUAAAAGGAAGGAAAUGUGAUUUAGCCUGCAUUUCCUGUAUAAACUAUAUUUCAAGGCAACUAGAAGUUGAUGAGGUAAAGUUCUUUAUUAGAGAUUUUUAUAGGACAUAAUGAAAUAAUGGAUCUAGGCACAAUUCUCAGUAGAGGUGUUAAGACCAUUAGGUGAAUGGUUGAUGUCAACUUCAUAGUGAAUAGAUCAGGUUGACAACAUCUGAACCCACUGAUCAAUUUUAAUCUCAUCAAAAAUAGGACAAAACAUUUUGUGCCUCCUGAUAUGAUACAAUAAGACAUACCAUUGACAAAAAAUAUUGAACCUGAAUCUAAUUAAAGCAUCAAGAUCUAACUCCCAGUUUAGAGAAAAUUCAGGAAACAAGAACAAAUUACAUGAUACAGCAAGAAGCAGACAAAUCUAAAAUGUGGGUAAUUCUACAAGAGUAAUGACAGCUUCUCAACCAAUAAAAUGGAUUGAAAAAAGGGAGGUGGAACUCUUAGAUAUUAAGAGUCUUAAGAGAUGUAUCAAUCAAAUGCAAUGAAUGAGUGGUUCUCAUUUAGAUCACAAGUUGAACAAGUGUAAAAAAGACAUUUUUAUGACGGGGAAAUGGGACUAUUGACAGUAUUAGAUAAUAUUAAGAAUUAUGUUCUUGUUAGAUGUGCAAAUAGCAUUGUGUUUAUGUAAAAGUGUCUUAGAGAUAAAUUAGCAAGUUUAUACACAUGAAAUGAUAUGUCUAGAAUUACCUUUAAAAUGCUCAUGCAAAAGAAAAUGGAAGAUGGAUAACUUGUUUGUCAAAAUCAUGGUAAGAUGAGUCAGGUGCGUGGUUUUUGCUUAUUUUGUUUUUGCUCUUUUCUCUAUUUUCAUGUAUUUUAAAUUUUCCGUAAUUUUUUUUAAAGAUAAAGUAUCUGUGAAAUUAUAACCCACUUAAAGUGAAUGAUGUUUGUAAAUGGCUACAUAUCAGAACUUACGGAUGUUGCUAAAGUUUUACAUACAGGGAUAUUAAAUGUGCUAUAAUGUAUUUGGGAAAUUAAGAUUGAGGAUCCAGAUUUUAUCUAGUUCACCUAAUGCUACAUCUGUUGUAGUGCCUGUCCCAUAGUACUUCGUAUAUUUCAAGAGUGAGUAAAAAGAGCAAUUACAACUACUUGUGGAAAUUAAUGGAAUAGAUGAUAAGGUAGCUGCUGGCAACAUGUUGAACACUUAAAAUUGAGCUAUUGAGAGCCUGAAUUGUGGUUAGUACAAAUUAAGAUGGUGUUAAGUGUAAAAAACACGCAAGUUUUGAAUACUUCUAAAAAAAUAUCUAACAGGUCAGUUUCUCACAGCAUUUCUCUGCUGUUGUUGGGAAGCUGUGAUAUUCAGUGGAUUGCAUUACUGCACAAUACAUAACCCAAUUUAAGUAUGUCUCUGCUCCCAAGUAGCAGCAUGUUUAUUUACACACUGAGGUCUCUUUGGUUCUACCCCGAGUUAUGCUGAAUUUUUUUUUCUUCUC